AAAAUGAGCAUGCGCUAACCGUAUUCGACAGAAAAUAGUUUGACAGCACUGACAGCCGACAACAGUUAAUGUGGUGACAUCUAUGAUAACAAUGAUAUAGUGAGAUGUGCGAUUUAUGUUCUCAAAAUCGAAAUCAAAAUGGUUUCACUUUUUGAGAAUUAUGAACAACAAUAUUCUGUUCUUACAGCAGAUAUCACAGCUCAAGUAGGACUUUUAACAGCUUCAGCCACUAAAGACCGUCGCCAACUAAUCUCUAACAUUGAAAAACAUGUGGAAGAGGCACAAGAACUGUUGGAACAAAUGGAACUGGAGGUUAGGGAGGUCGAAUCAUCUAAAAGGCAAAGGUGUAGAACUAAGCUAGAUUGUUACCGUGCCGAACUAAAGCGAUUGACACUGGACUACAUUAAAGCUCGGUCGAUAAAACAGGGUGCUUUAUAUGACAGCGCGGAAGAAUUAAAUGAUGUUAGAAUUUCAUCGGACCAAAAACAGAGACUCCUCGAUAACUCUGAAACAAUAGAAAGAACUGGAAAAAAGCUUGAGGAAGGCUAUAGAGUUAUAGUUGAGACACAAGAAAUUGGAACGCAAGUAUUAAAGAACUUAGGGGAUCAGCGGGAGACGAUUCAGAGAUCUCGAGCAAGAUUACGAGAAACAGAUGAGGAAGUAAAUCGAUCAGGGAGAAUUAUUAAUUCUAUGAUAAUCAGAUCCCUCCAGCAGAAAGUGAUACUUUUUACAGUUUGUGCCUGUUUUCUCAUAGCAAUCUGUUUAGGAAUAUAUCUGGCAUAUAGCAGAUCCUAAACGUGUUCAUUGAUACAAAUAGAUGUAAAUAUGUAUUUAGUAAUAAACCUAGCAAAUAAGAUUAAAUCAUUGUGGCAUAUUUUUAUUUUUAAUUUAUUGUUACAUUCCUUUCCUGAUAUAUUGUGAUUGUUUUAUGUAUUAUUUUAAUUAGGUUGUAUAUUUCAAAUAA